AAAAUCUUUCUCAUAAUUUUUCCUUUUUCUAGUUCUAUAUAAGUGUUUUCUCCUUUUCCUCUUAAUCUUCUCUUAAAUACUCCUUUUUCUUUUCUUGCUACAAAAAAAAUAUAUACAUGGAAGGAAUAUCAGAGAUAAAGCUGGGGAGCUCACUUCCAGUGCCUUUGGUUCAGGAGCUAGCUAAAGAGAUUACCACCAUUGAUGCAGUCCCACAAAGAUACCUACGUCCUGAUCUUCAUCAAGACUCUCUUUUCAACACCAUUAAUAACACUUCUUCUUCUUCUUCGCAACUACUCAUCCCAGUCAUCCACUUCAACAACCUUCUUUCUUCAGACAAGUUCCUCAUGGAAUCAGAACUCCAAAAGCUUCACUUAGCUUCCAAAGACUGGGGUUUUUUCCAGUUGGUGGAUCAUGGGGUGAGCCCUUUAUUGGUGGAGGAUGUUAAAUCAAGAAUUAAAGAAUUUUUUGAUAUGCCAAUGGAAGAGAAGAACAAGUUUAGGCAACAAAGUGGGGAGUUGGAGGGAUUAGGGCAAGCUUUUGUGGUGUCGGAAGAGCAAAAGCUUGAUUGGGCAGACAUGUUCUUUGUGGUCACACAGCCAAAGCACUUGAGAAAACCUCACUUGUUACCCAACUUACCUCUCCCUUUCAGAGAAACCCUUGAAGCUUACUCAACGGAACUAGAGAAAAUUACCAUGAAAUUGCUUGACUUCAUGGGAAAAGCUCUAGGAAUGGAACCUAAUGAAAUGAUCGAGUUACUUGGAGAAGGAUGGCAAUCUAUGAGGAUGAACUACUACCCACCAUGUCCCCAACCGAAGCUUGUGAUCGGCGCGAACACUCACUCAGACUCCUCAGGCCUAACCAUUGUUCUCCAAAUCAAUGAAAUGGACGGUCUUCAAAUUAAAAAAGAUGGGAUUUGGAUCCCCGUCCGACCACUUCCUAAUGCUUUUAUUGUCAACAUUGGAGACUCGAUAGAGAUUGUGACAAAUGGAAUUUAUCGAAGUAUUGAGCAUCGUGCAACCGUCAAUGCAGAAAAAGAGAGACUUUCCAUAGCCACAUUCUAUUCUCCAAACUUGAAUGGUGACCUAGGUCCAGCACCAAGUCUUAUAACACCGACGACACCAGCAAAAUUUAAGAAAAUUCAUGUUAUGGAUUUCUUUAGGGGUUAUUUAGCACGUGAACUUGAUGGUAAAUCCUAUUUUGAUUCGAUGAGGAUCACUCCCCAAUAAGAAGGUCAAGGUGAUCUUGUCUAAAACACCAAAAGCUAAGUGAGAAGUUCAAUAAGAGAAUUAUUAUAUGUAAAAUUAAUAAGAAAGUUGGAGAGAACAUGUAACGUCUCAAAUUUGCUAAUAAGACUUGAUACAUUGAUUACUGUGCCAGGAGGGCAUAAUUAGAUUUUUAUGUGUUAAUUGUGAUUA